GUGAUCGCUUGAUUAAUUGUGAUUGUUAUCCUGAUUUGAAAGGAUCGGCAGUGCAUGUCUUUUAAAGUAAACCAAUUAAAAGAUAAUACAGUUUUGUGUGCUUAUUUCCUAAGCCACAGUAAAAUAAUUUGUUCUAUGUGUUGCCUGCGAUUUUACUUUCUUAUAAAACAUGCGAUUUGAUUUGCUUUAAUUUGUAAUUAAAAAAUAUUUGUGGUGAAUCUUAGGAAUUUACAAGAAUCUACUACAACUAAAGAAAAAUAAUAAUAAAAAUAUUUUCGUCACAACUCACUUAGAAUACUGUAUAACAAAAGAGGUUUAUCUUGUGGCAAGGUUGCAAGUGCUGGUCAUUAGGAUACACAAGCAAGUGGGAAAAACUUAAUGAAAAAUCGAAGUGGCCUACAGCCAUUGUAGCUCUAUCUGUGCGUGUGUAUGUGUGCGCCACUAAACUAAUACAAAAGUAAUCAAAGCUAAGCGCAUUUAGGCAAAAAAAAAAAAAGCUACACGGCAGGAAGUCAAUAAAAAUAAACACAUAAAAGCAACUUGCGGUCUACAGAAUUAUGUCAACGACUAUUGAGGAGGAGGGCACGACAAUGGCGGCGGCGGAGACUCUUGAUACGCCGUCGACUGUGGCCAAUGCGUUUGUUCAGACAGUCCAAUCCAUAAUUAGCAGCACAACAUCAAAAGCAACAACAACAAGUGCCGCAGCUUUAGCAAGCACCACCACAACUAGCACAGCCGCUCCAGCAACAGGAACAACCACAUUAUCAACGCCAUCAUCGUCCAGCAUGACGGAGAAGCUCAGCGUGAGCGAUUUAAGCAGCGCACUGCAACAUUUUGGAAUUGUUGAUUAUUUGGUUUUCAUAGCCAUGCUGGUGGUCUGUGCCGUAAUUGGCUUCUAUUUUGGCUUCAUCGAGAAGAAGAAGAAAAAGCAAAAGGGCCAAGUGCCCGCCGAUGAAAAAGAUGGCCCCGGCGCUGCUGGCAUCGAGGAGCGGCGCGGCUCGGAAGCAUUGGAUUACUUGGUGGGUGGACGCAAAAUGAAAGUGUUUCCGGUCUCGCUGUCACUGGUGGCUAGUUUUGUUUCGGGCAUUUCAUUGCUGGGCACCUCAACGGAGAUCUAUGUUUAUGGUACCCAAUAUGCCUUUAUACUCAUUACACUGGUCAUAUCGGGACUUAUAUCGUGGUAUAUCUUUUUGCCUGUUUUCUGCAAUCUACAAUUGACUUCCACUUAUGAGUACUUUGAGCUGCGCUUCAGUAAAACCACUCGUCUCGUUGCCUCGGUGCUAUUCACCGUAACCACAUUUAUUUGGCUGCCAAUAGUCAUCUAUAUGCCAGCGCUGGCUUUUAACCAGGUGACUGGCAUAAAUGUUCAUAUCAUUACGCCUGCGGUGUGCAUUGUUUGCAUAUUUUACACCACUGUGGGUGGUUUGAAGGCUGUUGUCUGGACGGAUGUUAUUCAAACCAUAAUUAUGGUUGGCGCCGUAAUCUUUGUCGUAAUUAAGGGCACCAGCGAUGUGGGCGGUCUGGGUGUGGUCGUACAGCGUAAUCUGGACAGUGGACGCCUAGAGUGGCCCGAAUUAACAUUCGAUCCCAAGGUUCGCAUGUCUACAUUCGCCUUGUUCGUGGGCUAUACAGCACAUUCCACAUACAAUUUAGGUUGUAAUCAGAUCAUAACACAGCGCUAUAUGUCGCUGCCCAAUGUGAAGGCUAUGGGGCAAGCGUCGUUACUAUUUAUUAGCGGUAUAGUCCUUUUAACCUCACUUACCCUAUACAAUGGCGUGCUGCUCUAUGCCACCUACCACCACUGCGAUCCAUUGACUACCAAGCUGGCCAAAGCCAAGGAUCAGCUGGUGCCAUUGCUUGUCAUGGAUACGCUGAGCUCAUUUCCAGGUGUGUGCGGUAUGUUCAUAGCUGGCGUGUUUAGCGCAGCGCUUAGCUCAUUGUCCACGGCGCUCAAUUCCCUGGCCGCCGUCUCUCUCGAGGAUUAUAUCAAGCCGCUUUGCAGGAAGCCCUUAACCGAACGUCAAACGGGCAUCACUAUGCGCCUCUGCACAGUUAUUAUUGGCAUCGUGAGCGUUGCCUUGGUUUUCGUGGUGGAGCGUAUGGGCACACAUAUGGUUCAGUUGUUCAUGAUGCUGAGUUCGGUGACACAGGGUCCAUCGUUGGCGCUCUUUGUAAUGGGCAUGCUGUGUCCGCGGCUAAAUGCAAAAAGCGCUCUAUCCGGUGCCCUUUGCUCCUUUAUCUUUAUGACCUGGCUGUGCACUAAUGCCCAGCUGGCUAGCAAUUCUGGUGAGAUGCAAAAUGAAAGCAAGCCCGUUAGCAUCGAAGGCUGCGAUUACCAGUACGAAUUGCCGUUAAUGACGCCCAAAAAUGCCACUGUGACUGCCACUGACCCGGCUUCGCUUAGCUUUUUCCAGCAAAUCUAUCAUAUAUCCUUUAUGAACUACACACUCUUCGCGGCUAUUGUCGGCAUUACUUUUGGCCAUCUUUCGAGCUUUAUAUUUGGACGUGUUGCGCUUGAGGAUGUGGAUGUUGAGCUGCUGGCGCCGUGCAUGCGACGUUUUUAUAGACGCAAAUAUGCCAGUGUGGAGACUAAUGAGUCCUUAGUAAAGUCUGGCGAAUAGAAUUUCUACAUAAUAUAGCAUGUGCUGACGACUUAAGAGUUGUAAUAAAAGUUUCGAUUAAGUAUACGCCGUGUUUGACUGCAGCUUUGCCAAACGCCAAACCAAACUGUCAAUAUAAUUUUUUUUUUGGUUUUCCAUUUUUUUGUUUAUUGGACUGUCACUAACAUGCGCCAUUUAU